AUGACAAACCCAGAUAAUUUCGCUGGUCUCGACCGCGGCCACUUCUUGUCAUCCACAGGGAAUUGUAACACAUUCGAUGACGGUGCAAAUGGUUAUUGCAGAGCUGAUGCUGUAGGAAUCGUGGUUCUCAAGAGGUUGGAGGACGCAGAAGCCGACAAUGACCCUAUCAAGGGCGUCAUUCUUGGAGCAUACACGAACCACUUCGCAGAAGCGGACUCGUAA